CCACCACUAUAUAUGCCUUGGAACUAGGGUUUUAGACAGCCUUACUGAGGAGGUUGAGUGAGUCGCCGCAAGCGGAUCUCCCUACAUUUCAGAAAGCGCAGGCGGAGAAGAAUGUCUCACAGGAAGUUUGAGCACCCAAGGCAUGGGUCUCUUGGAUUUCUCCCAAGGAAGCGUGCUGCUCGCCAUCGAGGAAAAGUGAAGGCUUUCCCUAAGGAUGACCCUAACAAGCCUUGCAAACUUACUGCCUUUUUGGGCUAUAAGGCCGGGAUGACCCAUAUCGUCAGGGAGGUGGAGAAACCUGGAUCAAAGCUUCAUAAGAAAGAGACCUGCGAGGCUGUUACGAUUAUUGAAACUCCUCCAAUGGUCAUUGUUGGAGUGGUGGCUUAUGUGAAGACACCACGUGGCCUUCGUUCUUUGAACACUGUUUGGGCUCAGCAUCUUAGUGAGGACCUGAGGAGGAGGUUCUACAAGAACUGGUGCAAGUCCAAGAAGAAGGCUUUUACUAAAUACUCAAAGAAGUUUGAGUCUGAAGAAGGGAAGAAAGAUAUCCAUUCACAGCUUGAAAAGAUGAAAAAAUAUGCAACUGUCAUACGUGUUUUGGCUCACACCCAGAUUAGGAAAAUGAAGGGGUUGAAGCAGAAAAAGGCACACUUGAUGGAGAUCCAGGUCAAUGGUGGUACUAUUGCUCAGAAAGUGGACUUUGCUUACGGCUUCUUUGAGAAGCAAAUUCCUGUGGAUGCUGUUUUCGGUAAGGAUGAGAUGAUUGACAUAAUUGGUGUGACAAAGGGUAAAGGUUAUGAAGGUGUCGUCACUCGAUGGGGUGUCACCCGCCUUCCCCGUAAGACUCAUAGGGGUCUGCGGAAGGUGGCAUGUAUUGGUGCCUGGCAUCCUGCUAGAGUCUCUUUCACAGUCGCGAGGGCAGGACAGAAUGGAUAUCAUCACCGAACUGAAAUGAACAAAAAGAUAUACAAACUCGGCAAGGCUGGGCUGGAAUCUCACACUGCGAUUACUGAGUUUGACAGGACUGAGAAAGACAUCACUCCCAUGGGUGGCUUUCCUCACUAUGGUGUGGUGAAGGAUGAUUACUUGUUGAUCAAAGGAUGCUGUGUUGGGCCAAAGAAGAGGGUUGUCACCCUUCGCCAGUCUCUGCUAACACAAACAUCUCGUGUGGCCCUCGAGGAAAUCAAACUCAAGUUCAUUGACACCUCCUCAAAAUUCGGACAUGGUCGCUUCCAAACUACACAAGAGAAGCAGAAGAUCUAUGGGCGCCUCAAGGCAUAAUAAUACACACCAUUCAAAUUUUGGCUUUUGUCGGAUCAAUUUAAGUGAUUGUGUUUUAUGCCUCUGAAAUGUUCUUUGAGAACUUAGUCUGUGUGCUUUUUUCAUUUUGUUACUGCUUUUUCCGGUGAUUGACUUGCUGAGGGCUUGAACUGUUUUUUUGCAAUUUUGUUAAAUUGGAGAUUUUGGACCACA